UUCUGGGUUUCCUUUGAUUUUUUCAUUUGUUAUCGAAGAUCCAACCUUUUCCUUCUCUGAACUCAGUUUAGACUCACUGAGUCCAUGAGGAACUCUGCUGUUACUCAACCUUUUCCCGUCCCGGUCACCAUUUUCGCCUCCUUGUUCCUCUUUCAACUUGUCUUAGCUGCCGACUAUGUACCGACUGAGAAAAUCCUCCUAAAUUGCGGCGAAAAAACCGAGCUACCAGACAAUGACAAUCGGAAAUGGACACCCGAUAUCGGGUCCAUGUUCCUUGUCGGAACCGGGAAAUCAGUCGUUUCCCGAGCCGCCACGCAAGAUCCCGCGGUACCCGAAGUUCCGUACUUGACGGCCCGUGUUUUCCGUUCCAACUUCACCUACAGUUUCCCGGUGGUCGCCGGCCGGAAAUUUGUAAGGCUGUAUUUCUACGCUAAUUCAUACGACGGUCAAAAUGCAACCAAUGCCUUGUUUUCCGUCACCAGCGGUUCCUUUACUCUGCUCAAGAAUUUCAGCGCCGCUCAAACCAGUGAAGCUUUGAAUUAUGCUUUCAUUAUCAAAGAGUACUCCAUUAAUGUAGAUGGUGAGCUUUUGAACUUGACAUUUAGUCCCUCUCCAAAUGCGUAUGCAUUUGUGAAUGGGAUCGAGGUAUUGUCUAUGCCUGAUAUUUACAGUAAUCUCGACGGGGUUCCGGUCGUCGGUCAACAAGCUCCGUUCACCAUUGAUAACAGUACAGCUCUGGAGAACGUUUAUCGGCUGAAUGUCGGUGGGAGCGAUAUCUCGCCGUCUGGUGAUACCGGCCUUUUCCGGUCAUGGUAUGAUGAUCAGCCAUACCUUUUUGGUGCAGGCUUUGGUGUUUCAGCAUCUGCUGAUCCGAAUGUCACUGUUGAUUACGGGACAAUGCCGACGUAUAUCGCUCCGACGAAUGUUUACACCACGGCUAGAUCGAUGGGGCAGGAUGCUGGAAUCAACCAGAACUACAAUUUGACAUGGUUAUUCAACAUUGACACUGGAUUCUCUUACUUGGUGAGGUUACAUUUCUGUGAAUUUACUGAUAACAUCACUAAGAUUAACCAGAGAGUGUUUGAUGUGUUCCUCAAUAAUCAAACUGCCGAGCAAGGGGUCGAUGUGAUUGGCAUGGCGGAACAAGUUGAUGUUCCGAUGUAUAAAGAUUACGUCGUGGUUGUUCCGGGAAGCAACUCUCAACAGGAUCUUUGGCUCGCAUUGCUCCCGGACAAGACUAACAAGCCUCAGAUUUAUGACGCAAUCUUAAAUGGUGUGGAGAUAUUCAAGAUAAAUGAUCCGAACAACAACCUUGCUGGGCCUAAUCCGACCCCUGGUCUGGAACAGGAAGCAGUUGAUCCAUCAUUGGCUCUGCCAUCUAUUACAGGUCAUUCGAAGAACCGGACGGGGAUCAUUGCCGGGGGAGUCGGUGGCGGAGUGGUCAUGUUGCUUGUAAUCGGUCUGUGUGUUUUUGUUGCCUUACGUCGCCGUAGGCAUGGGAAUGACACAAGCACGAAUGAUGGUCCUUCGGGAUGGCUUCCUCUUUCGUUGUAUGGAAAUUCACACUCUGCAGGUUCGGCAAAGACAACUACCACGGGGAGUAUUGCUUCCUCCCUGCCUUCGAACCUUUGUCGUCACUUCUCGUUCGCCGAGAUCAAGGCUGCCACAAACAACUUUGAUGAUGCUUUGCUCCUUGGCUUGGGAGGUUUUGGCAAAGUUUACAAGGGUGAAAUUGAUGGUGGGACGACUAAAGUCGCGAUCAAACGGGGCAACCCGUUAUCUGAUCAAGGUUUACAUGAGUUCCAGACCGAGAUUGAAAUGCUUUCCAAGCUCCGCCACCGCCACCUUGUUUCGUUGAUCGGUUACUGUGAAGAGAAAGGCGAAAUGAUCCUGGUUUAUGAUUAUAUGGCUUAUGGAACAUUGCGUGAACAUCUAUACAAAACACAAAAGCCACCUCUUCCGUGGAAGCAAAGGCUCGAAAUAUGCAUCGGGGCUGCUCGCGGUUUGCAUUACCUCCACACUGGUGCCAAAUACACUAUUAUUCACCGUGAUGUCAAGACGACAAAUAUUCUGCUCGACGAUAAGUGGGUUGCAAAAGUUUCGGAUUUCGGCUUGUCGAAAACUGGCCCUACAUUGGAUCAUACUCACGUGAGCACCGUCGUGAAGGGCAGCUUCGGCUAUUUGGAUCCCGAGUAUUUCAGGCGACAACAACUAACCGAUAAAUCCGAUGUUUACUCAUUCGGUGUUGUCCUGUUCGAGAUCCUUUGCGCUCGUCCAGUAUUGAACCCCACACUGCCAAAGGAGCAAGUGAGCCUUGCAGAGUGGGCUCCUCAUUGUCACAAGAAAGGCAUCCUUGAUCAAAUCAUGGACCCUUAUCUGAAAGGAAAGAUAGCACCGGAAUGCUUCAAAAAGUUUGCCGAGACCGCAAUGAAGUGCGUGGCUGAUCAGGGAAUCGACAGACCAUCGAUGGGCGACGUUCUGUGGAACUUGGAGUUCGCUUUGCAACUACAAGAGAGUGCAGAAGAAAGUGGCAAGGGAAUCAGUGGAAUCAACGUCGAGGAAGGGACCUACGAUAACAUAACAUGUAAAGGCAAGAAAGACUGUAACGCAUCCCCCGGUUUCGAUGGUAACGUGACAGAUUCUCGGAGUAGUGGAAUGAGUAUGAGUAUGAGUAUGAGCAUCGGCGGUCAAAGCCUUGCUAGUACAGACUCCGACGGGUUAACACCCAGUGCUGUUUUCUCACAGAUCAUGAACCCUAAAGGGCGUUAAAGUGAGGAUUUGACAUGAACA